CUGCGCGCCGCUGGAGUGGGUGUCCGAUACGAAAAAUUGGUUUCGGACGCGAACGAAUCGUGACAGAACUGCGAUCCGCGCGGCACCGGUGGUACGUAGGUACCUCUCUGUACACGAUAUUCUAUUUUAUAAUAAUAUUAUAAUAUUAUAUAAACACACGCGCCACGACGUCGGUCCGAGGUUUCGUUUUCGUCGUCCAAGCCGUUUCGCAUACGAAUUUUUUUCGGUCGUCGUUUCCUGCCGGAAUUUGAACAGAAAGUUUUUUUUUGUUUUCGAAAAAAAUUAAUACUGACAAUCGAUACGUUUUAAUACUAAACAUUAUAAAUAAUUCUUACGCAAACAUUAAUAAACCCUUUUUUAUACGCGGGCUCAUCGUAUUAUGUAAUUUAUAAUAACAAUAUAUAAUUUUUUAAACGUCGAUCAAAUAAUGCAUAUUAUAAUAUAAUAUUAAAAAUUAUCGCUAUCACUAUAUCGUUUUAUAUUACCGUAAUUUUCGUUGUAUAUUGUUUUCCUACAACAAGAAGUUGUCGAUUACCAUACUGUUCACGCUGCGAUCGUCGAGUAUACAUAGACAAUAAUUAUACAACGAUCGUCGUGCCACGCCACCGUCGUGAUGAUGGGUCGUCGUCGACUCGAGCUUUUGGUGGCCAUGCUUGCCCUGAUUAACUGCCGAACGGCAGCCAAGAUUAUAGUCGAAGACAAAGAGUAUUGGACUUCAUUGGGCAGGGCCGAGCUAGAUGAAGCUCUGAACGUGGUGAUCAAUAACAAAGUCGCAAAGAACGUGAUUCUGUUUAUCGGUGAUGGGAUGGGACCGAACACAGUAACUGCCUCGAGAAUUUACAAGAACGGCGAGAAAGGACGAUUGACUUUCGAAAAGUUUCCGCAUUUGGGGCUGCUCAAAACAUAUUCGGUUAACAAACAAGUGCCGGACGCAGCGAGUUCGGCAACUGCGAUGUUCACUGGUGUAAAGGUCAAUCAAAGGAUUAUUGGCCUGGACAUAAAUCAUAACAUUAACGAUACAAGUUACUGUGAAAAUGCCAAUUCGGAGAGUAGACUCGAGUCGUUGGCCACGUGGGCACAAGACGCUGGAAAAAGUACCGGGUUUGUUACCAACUCCAGGAUAACUGACGCUACACCCGCCGCCCUGUACGCUCGGGCGUCGAAUCGGAAGUGGGAAUGCAACACCGCCAUGCCAAUGUCCGCGUUCAACUGCAAGGAUAUCGCAAGGCAGCUCAUAGAAGACCGACCAGGACGAAAUUUUAAGGUUAUAAUGGGCGGCGGCAAGAAAUCGUUCGAAGCUAAUUCACCGCCGAACCCGAAGGAAACGGUUGAAAAAUCCUUGUGCGUGCGAUCCGACCGCAGAGACCUGAUCCGCGAGUGGAUAGACGACAAGCAGUCCAACAACCUGUCGCAUCAGUUCUUGACCAACGUACACGAUAUAAAAUCAUUAGAUACGGAACAAACAGAAUACGUUUUAGGAAUAUUUGCAAAUGGGACAAUGCCAAUGGAAUAUACUAGAAACAAAAAAUUUUUAGAAACACCAUCACUAGAAAUGAUGACCGAAACAGCAAUAAAAGUAAUAUCAAAAAAUGAAAAUGGAUUUUUUUUGAUGGUAGAAAAUGGUUUAAUUGAUGCAGCACACCAUUUAAGCAUGGCCAGAUUAGCCCUAGAUGAAACUGUAGAAUUUGAUAAAACAAUCAGUACCUCAAUCAAAUUGCUAAAACAGUUGAACAUGCUAGAUGACACAUUAAUAAUUGUAACCAGUGACCAUGCAAACACAUUAUCAAUUAACGGAUAUCCAAAGCGAGGAAAUAAUAUUCUUGAUGUGGCAGGAACGUCGGAAUCAGACUAUGUUAAGUACACUACAUUAACAUAUUCCAUUGGAUAUGCUAAAUAUCCAGUAUACAGACGUUCUGGUUCAUUAGUCAUCAGACAGGAUCCAACAGCAGUUAGUAGUACAUCUAGUCACGAUUAUGCUCAACAAGUCGGUAUUCCAGAAGAAACGGGAGUACACGGUGGAAGUGACGUUGCAGUAUAUGCCAAAGGACCAAUGGGACAUCUGUUUCAUUCUAUUCACGAACAAAAUUAUGUUGCUCAUGCAAUAGCAUAUGCAACAAAAAUUGGUUUAUACCGAAGUGAACCAGUACAGAACCAUUCUUAUACACAUUUUUCCAACAUUUAUCUUAUAUGCAUAUUCAUUUUGACAUUGUUUUGUUUGAAUUAAGUCGUAAUAGUAUUAAGAUUUCGAUACUAAUUUUAUUGAUUAUUUUUUAAAAUUGAUUGUUUUAUUUAUUAUUUUUAUAUCGAGGUAGAUAUAUAUUGUUUUUUUUUUUUUUAAUUUAGGAUUUUUAUAUUUAAUAAAAUGUAAUUACUAUUAAAAUAAUGAAUAUUUCUAUUCAAAACUUCACACAGUAAACUAACAUUAGGACGAUGCGGAAGAAAAAGGCAUAAUUUUAUUCUAAAACACGAAUGUGUAAUUACUUAUCGCAACUAUUAUAGUAAUAGCUUGAAAUAACGGUUUAAUCCUGAGAUUGCAUGUACAUAACACGGGUGGAGUAACCAUAUUCAUUGUCGUACCUAAAAAAUAAAUAAAUAAUAAAUUAGUGCAUGAUCAA